AUGCUCGCCGACAGAGCCGCUGACAAGGGUGUCCACAAGCAACUAGCAGAGGAAUACCAUGUCGAUUCUACAUUUAAGACAAACCGAGCAGGAUACGAACUAUUUAGGACAGUUGCAACUGUAAUUGGUGUCAGGUUUCCGAUUGCAUACAUGCUUCUGAAGCUUACACCACAGAGUCAGCUAGUUAAUGAUGGCGAGGAUGACACAUUUCAUGUUGGUGUUAUUGCCGAAUUUUCUACAUGCUUAAAGCAAGCUGGUCUUCAAACCAAGUUCAUGUUUACGGAUGAGGACUGGGGACAGAUCUGUGCUAUAGAAGCAGAACAGCAGGAAGACACUAUGAAUAUCAUUAUUGAGAAUCCAGUGGAACUGCAAGCUAGCACCAUUGAAGUUGCUGAGGAUAACAUUAUUGAGGAUGAGGACACUCCUGUCAGUGACUUAGUAACCAACGAUGAUGUGACAACAAGCACCAACACCACUACCAACAAUAAUAGUACUGCUUCUGUACGCAGUUGCUCUAGAUGUGGAUCACCCGAUCAUUUGCGCUCUUCUAACCGCAGCUGUCCUUUCCAUCCUGGUAACGUUGAAUCCCAACAUGGCGCUCGAUUCCAAAAAGCCUGCACUAUUCCUUUCAUACCUGAACAUAUUUUCGGUCCAAACAUCUGCUAUACGCCCGGAGCUUCGUAUCGUCGUCAUAUUUUCCCUCGAAUGGACACCACCUGCUCUUUUUGUCAUGCUCGAAUGUGGAUAGAUGAGCGUAUCAAAUCCUCCUCUCUCUUGAGACCACGCUUUGGCAUUUGCUGUACUCAUGGAAAGAUACGUCUCCCUCUUCCUCGCGCUCCUCCUGCACCACUUUAUGAUCUUCUGAUCCAUUAUGAUUCAACAGAACGAGUAGCUGUGGAUUUCCAUACCAACAUUAGGGCUUACAGCAAUUUGUUUGCCUUCGCCUCCAUCCACACCAAUUGGGAUUAUGAUCUGGCAAGUGGAAGAAAUGGAGUUUCUACUUUCCAGAAUAAUGGCACUAUGUACCAUUGUCUUGGUUCGUUGCGUGCACCUGAAACCGCACAGGCUCAAUUCGCGCAAAUAUACUUUGCAGAAGACAGGAACAAUCGGCGAGAAGAACGACGUUGCGUUCUAGAUUAA